AUCUAUUUGUUAUCUCCUUGCACUAACAAAAAUCACCAACCAUGGGAGAGGUAGAUCCAGCUUUCAUCCAAGAUCCUGAACACAGGCCCAGAAUCUCCUUCACCGAAGCUGAAGGCAUCCCAUUCAUCGAUCUUUCUCCUAUAGCUCAGACUCUACACCCCUCCUCCGACAAAGUUUCUGCAGUUAUUAGAGAGAUAGGGAAUGCAUGCGAGGAGUGGGGUUUCUUCCAGGUGAUCAACCACGGCGUGCCUUUGGAGAAGCGGCAGAGGAUCGAGGAUCUGUCGAGGAAGUUCUUUGCGCAGAGUUUGGAGGAGAAGAGGAAGGUGAGAAGGAACGAGAAGGAGGUGUAUGGUUACUAUGACGGUGAGCACACCAAGAAUGUUAGGGACUGGAAGGAGGUGUUUGAUUUUACUGUUGAGGAACCGACCAUAAUCCCGGUAUCUCAUGAGCCUGAUGACAAGGAAGUGACUGAGUGGACUAAUCAGUGGCCUGACUACCCGCCUGAGUUGAGGGAGGCAUGCCAGGAAUAUGCUCAAGAGAUGGUAAAACUAGGUUACAAGUUAUUGGAACUUGUGGCCCUGAGCCUAGGCUUGCCAGGAGAUAAGUUCCAUGGCUUUUACAAAGACCAAACUAGCUUUAUCCGGUUUAAUCAUUAUCCGCCUUGCCCUUCCCCUCACUUAGCGCUUGGUGUUGGCCGACACAAGGACAUUGGUGCCUUAACCAUCCUUGCUCAAGAUGAUGUUGGAGGAUUGGAAGUCAAGCGCAAAACGGAUGGAGAGUGGAUUCGGGUCAACUCCAGUACCGCGGAUGCUUAUAUCAUCAAUGUUGGUGACAUCAUUCAGGUUUGGAGCAAUGACAAGUAUGAGAGCGUGGAGCACAGGGCGAUGGUGAACUCAAAGAGGGAAAGGUUCUCCAUUCCAUUUUUCUUCAACCCGGCACACUACACCAUGGUUAAGCCCUUGGAGGAGCUGACAAAUGAGCAAAAGCCUGCUAAAUAUAGGGCAUACAGCUGGGGAAAGUUCAUAACUAACAGAAAGCGCAGUAAUUUCCAGAAGCUCAAUGUUGAAAACAUCCAAAUCUAUCAUUUCAGGAUAUCAGAGUAA